CGGAAAAGUUAGGAAGCUUUUCGGUAGAGUUGAACGUCGGAUAGUCCGUCUCCGCAGAGGAAUUAAACGUUACCAAAAUGGAUUCCGGCCGUGUACAGUUUUUCACUUUGUAUAUAUUUGUAUUUAUUAACCAAUUAUUUAUUGUCGUUCAUGGAAAAGAAAAUGUGCUGUUGGACAUGAAGGCCUCAGGAGGAGAUUUGGGCUGGCUGCCUUCACCUAGUGAGGAAGGGUGGGAGAUUGUGCAGACUGUGAUCAAUGGCUCCCUGCUCUACACGUAUAGUGUGUGCAACGUGGCCAACGAGGGCGACCAGGACAACUGGCUGCGCACCACGUUCAUCCAGCGGCGGCCAGACGUGUCGCGCAUCUCCGUGGAGCUCCAGUUCAUCGUGCGCGACUGCGGCACGUUCGACGGCAACCUGCCGUCGUGCCGCGAGACGUUCGGCCUGUACCUGGCCGAGUCAGACGUGGACGUGGGCACGAGUUUCCGUAAGGCCAACUUCCGCAAGGUGGCCACGGUGGCGCCCGACGAGGUGACCGCCGACCGGGGCGGGGGGAAAGCGGCACUGCGGGUCAACGUGGAGACGAAGACGGUGGGUCCACUCUCGCACCGCGGGUUCUACCUGGCCUUCCAGGACUCAGGAGCCUGCAUUGCCCUCGUCUCUGUACGGGUCUUCUACACCAUCUGUCCAGCCACCACCAAAGGCCUGGCGGCAUUCCCUGAGAAGGUGGCGGGCACCACGGCGCUGGCAGUGGUGGAGGGCACCUGUGUGGAGAACGCUGUGCUGGCUGCCCAGGCGCCCUCGCCUCGGAUGUACUGCACCUCUGAGGGCGACUGGGUGGUACCCGUGGGACAGUGCCAGUGUCGGGCUGGGUACCAACCUGUCGGUGACUCUUGUAAUGCAUGCCCGGCCGGAUUCUUCAAGACCGUCAUCUCGAACGCGCCCUGCGAGCCCUGUCCGGCCAACACCCAGCCCUCCAAGCCUGGCGCCCUCUUGUGUCAGUGCCUGGAAGGAUUUUUCCGCACCCCCACAGAUCUCCUGUCCUCACCUUGCUCCGCUCCUCCCAGCCCUCCUCGUGACGUGGUCGCCACUGCGCUCUCAUCCAGUCGCCUCCAGCUGUCGUGGCGCCAGCCACAGGACACGGACGGACGCAGUGACCUCACGUACAGCGUGUCGUGCGAGCACUGCGAGGGUGGCCUGUGCGUGCCGUGCGGUGAGCGCGUGCACUUCGAGCCGCCGGCCUCCGGCUUGCGCGACACCAUCGUGAUGGUCAGCGACCUGGAGCCGCACCUUAACUACACCUUCACGGUGGAGGCUCACAGCGGUGUGUCUCGCUACAGCCUAGAGAGGGCAACCAGCAGCAUCACCACCGUCCUGCACGACACAGAACCUCCGAUGGUGACGUCCAUUCGCCUGGACGAUUACAGCCCCACAAGCCUUUCUUUGUCCUGGACUCUAGACCGCAGAGUGCAUCCCCAAUCAACCCAUCGCUAUGAACUCAUGUACCGCAAGAAGGAGGACAGCAGUGAGCAGGAGUUUACCACGUACACAGUGCUAGUCCUGGACAGGAACUCAGUUCAGCUGAAUGACCUCACCCCUGGGUCCAAGUACGUGUUCCGUGUUCAGACGCUCACACAAGACGGCCACCCGAGCAGCACUAGCCUGGAGUACCUGUAUGAGACCCUUCCCAUUGCAGAGUCUCAGGCCCAAAGCAGCUCAAUGAUCGUUAUGGGAGCUGUGAUGGGUGGUGCGAUCAUGCUGGUCAUCGUUGUGGCAGUGUUGCUGAUGCAUAAAAGACGACAAAAUCUACGUGCAAGACAGAGACAGGAGGACAACUAUUUCACCUGUGCAGAGAAGCAUCCUCUUAAGACCUAUGUGGAUCCUCACACGUACGAAGACCCCAGCACAGCUGUGCUCAAAUUCACCAGUGAGAUUCACCCUGGCUUCAUCACCAAACAGAAAGUCAUCGGAGUCGGUGAAUUUGGCGAGGUGUUCCGUGGCAUUCUGAAGAAGCCGGGGCGUGGCGAAGUGGCCGUGGCCAUUAAGACACUGAAGCCUGGCUACACGGAGAAGCAGAGGCUGGACUUCCUGAGCGAGGCUAGCAUCAUGGGUCAGUUCGACCACCAGAACAUCAUCCACCUGGAGGGAGUCGUCACCAAGUUCAAACCUUCCAUGAUCAUAACGGAAUACAUGGAGAACGGAGCUCUGGAUAUCUAUCUGAGGGACCACGAUGGCGAGCUGUCUUCAUACCAGCUGGUCGGCAUGCUCAGUGGCAUCGCUGCAGGCAUGAAGUACCUCUCGGACAUGAACUACGUCCACCGCGACCUGGCUGCCCGCAAUGUGCUGGUGAACAGCAACCUGGAGUGCAAAGUGUCUGACUUUGGACUGUCCCGCGUGCUGGAGGAUUACCCUGAAGGGACUUACACCACCACGGGAGGAAAAAUCCCCAUCCGUUGGACAGCCCCAGAAGCCAUUGCGUACAGGCAGUUCACCUCUGCCAGCGACGUGUGGAGCUUUGGCAUUGUGAUGUGGGAGGUCAUGGCCUAUGGAGAGAGGCCGUACUGGGACAUGAGCAAUCAUGAGGUGAUGAAGGCCAUUAACGAGGCGUUCCGCCUGCCCGCGCCCAUGGACUGCCCCUCUGCCGUUUACCAGCUGAUGCUGCAGUGCUGGCUCCACGACCGCUCCAAGCGUCCGCGCUUUGUGGACAUUGUCAACGUGCUGAACAAACUGCAGACCAACCCAGAGUCCCUUAAAACCAUUGCCGACUUUGAUCCACGGGUGUCUAUUCGCCUGCCAAGUAGAAGUGGUGUUGGUGGUGCUCCCUUUAGAAUGGUGGAGGAAUGGCUCGAAUCCAUGAAGCUGUCUCAGUACAAUGAGAUGUUCGCCCGCGCUGGCAUCACCACCAUGGAGCAGGUGUUGCACUUAAAGUCAGAGGACGUCAGGAACAUCGGAGUGCAGUUGGCAGGCCAUCAGAAGAAGAUUGCCUACAGCAUUCUGGGACUCCGGGACCAGUGUUGCACUCUGGACGUGUUCGCUGUCUGAUCUCUCUGUCAGAGGUCCCCAGCGCGGGUCAGAAAACAGGCUGCCAACGCCAUCCUACAGGGCCCACCCUGACACGGCCACAGUUAGCCCAGACAGGCCGUGCCUUCAGGUGGACCGCAGGAGAUUUCAGGAACGUUACAAAUGAAAGACAUUUUCUUUUAACCCUUGACAUUUAUUUGUUGUGUGUACAUAUACUGUAAUAACAUUUUUAUACUGAAUAUUUUUGUAACAUUGUUUAGUGUCUAUUGUUAUUGUUAAUGUGAAUAUUUUCAUGACCAGACCAUGAAGUGUCUUAAAAAAGGACCAGAAAUGAAACUGGGGAAAGUGCAGUAGAAGUCUGUUUUUAUGAAUGACUUUAUAUGUGUGGUCUUGGUUUAUAUGUUAUUGAGAUUACCUUUGUUUUAUGAUGUCAAAGAAAAAAAAAAGAUGUCCAAUGAUGUCCUCAUGUGAAACUGAGUAAAUGCAUUUAAUCAAUGCGUGAGUACUUAAGAGGUUGACUGGACAGUCCAGUGAUGGCAUCAUGACUGGAUUGAUUUGCAGCAAUAAUUCCUGAGCAGUAUGAGAAGACCUUCGUUGAUAUUAGAAUCACUCUUCAACGCUGUCAUUUCUCUGUCUUUUCACAAGGGUCCAACUUAUGUCUGUGUGCACAUGAUAUUUACCUGAACUGUUCUGCCUGUCUGUACAGCUGUUUCAUGCUGUAGCCGUGAAGCCAUUUUGUGUCUGUUCAAGUGCAGAUUUAUUUAGUCACAUACAGUAGGUGGAGAACAUGAAGUGAAAUAACAUGUGAGAUAGAUAAGGAUGGAUGGAUGGAUAGUGGACCACUCAUUCUUGGUUAAUGCGUGACUGAUGAACCAUUUUUAAGGACA